AUGACAUUAGACGUGCACGUAAUUACUAGUGGUAUUGAAAUUCCACAGUCGAUCCGUGGUCCGCAGACGAUGAACAAUGGAAAAAAAUGUUUAUUGCAAUAUAAGAAAGGUGAUGAAUCUACAGCACAUCCUAUUAAACGUGUUCAGUUCCACAAAGAUAGAAGUAAUAUUCAUCCACGUGAAGAACGAUUUUUAUUACCAAUGACACUUGCCACUUCAGUAUAUUCGUCUCAGCAGUUGCAGGAUGAAAAUGAACUUGAUUGGCUGCAAACACAUGGUUCUAUUACGGGUUCUUAUUGGAAGCUGGAACUAAAAGACAAGAAUAAAAGAAUUGCUGAUGUUGUUGAAGAGGUUGGUGAUGGAAUUAUUGAAUAA